AUGGAGAGCCCGCACGAACACCAGCAGAACCUCCUCCUCUCUCGCAUCAUCACCAAUGUCGAGAAACUAAAUGAGUCUAUUGUGGUGAUGAACAAGACCCUGCAGGAGAUCAACAUCCAGAACAUGAACAUUGAACUCGUCGCCCAAAUGUUCAAGAACUACCAGUCGAAUGUUCUGUUUCAUCUAGAAGCCACGGACAACCUGAAGGACCCAUCCUGA